GAAACUAGCUUUCGGCUGGCAGUCAGUUCGCGAUCGAGACGGUAACCGACAGGAGCUCGUUCGAUCGUCUAGAUCCUAGUAAAUGCCAUCAUGGUCGAGUCCGAGAACAACAGAUACACCUGGAUGGACCCUUUAAUCGACAAGAUAACCGAGAACUUCGGCGUAGACUUGAAAAGUGUUCGUUACGAGGUCUCCGUACCUUCUAAUUCCUUCUACCUCUCGAACAUGCUGUUCGUGAACAUCACAGCGAGAUCCAACGACCAAGGCGGGAAGAAGAUGUCCAUCCAAGUGGUCGUGAAGAAACCACCGUUGUCGGAAAGUCUCAGAGCAAUGGCGAGGACAGACGAACAGUUCCACAACGAGAUAAUCUUCUACGAGAAGUACGGCAAGGGCCAUCCCGAGUUUCCGUGUUGCCUCUACGCCGAAGAAAAACCGCCGAUCGACUCUGUGAUCGUUCUGGAGAACGUGGUUGCGCAGAGAGGUUACGAUGUGACACGGUGGAAGUACGAGAUCCCGUUGGAGUACACGUUGGCCGCGUUCCGAGAAAUUGCGCUGUUCCACGCGAACGCGUACGCGAUGAAGGAGCAGCGUAGAGACGACUUCUUCGACAUGGUGAAGAACAUCCGCGAGUCCAGAUACUUCCCCGACAGCAACAUGAAAGUGAUAAUAAACGGCACGGCGACCAGAUCGGUCGAGUAUCUUCGGAAACAGGGCUACGAGCAAGGUUUCUGUGACAAACUCGAGGACUACCUGGGGAACACCUAUGAGAACGUCAUGUUAAAAGCGAUACAACCGGACGAACCUCUUGCUACUUUGUGUCACGGGGAUUGGACGUUGAACAACACACUGUACAAAAGAGAAAAUGGAGAAUUGAAGGCUAUGUUCAUCGAUUUUGCACUGAUGAGGUUUGGAUCUCCUGUUCUGGAUCUCUCUACGUUCUUAUGCUUGCACUGCGCGAAGGAACUGGAUAAGGACAUGUUGGGUAACGUUCUGAAGGUGUACCACGACUCGUUGGAAAAGUGUUUAAUCGAAAAUGGUGUGGAUUGUGAGAAAUAUUCGUACGAGGCUCUGUACGAGGAUUACAAGAGGAAAGGUCUCUUUGGAUUUUUCAUCGCCACGUUUUUCCUCGCCAUGCAGAUGGGCAAGGCUACCGUGGAUCUACAGGCUCUCACGGACAUGCAGCCGCACGAGUGUGCGCAGCAACUGCGCGAAAUGGGCGGAGAUGAGAUUUCGGAGAUCUUGGCGAAUAUGUUGCUGAAGCUGAAGGAUUUCGGUUGCUUCGAUCAUAUCCUUUAAUCGAUCGGGCGACGACUCCACGGUUCAUUCUCUGACUCGCUCUCGCAGUGGCACCCAACCCAGCCAAACACAGUACAAC